GUUAUUAUUCUGUUCACUUUCCUUCAACUCGAGAGCUCUUCGUCAUGGAGAAUCUGGCGGCGCAGUUUCUCCACAAGCUACCUCCUCCGCUAUGGAAUCCAACCACACGUUUCCUCACUUCCUUUAUCUCUAGACCCAAUCUCAUUUCCACCUCUUCCCUCCGCCGCUCGUUGCCCUUGUCUCUCGACUCGAGACAGCCCACUUCUCUUCUUUCCGACAACCGCUUUCUCAAUUCAUUACCGCGACGACUCAACCAUCCCGGUUCAUGUCCUCUACGGCUGCUUCAAGAGGAUGGAGACUGGAGCAAAGACCAGUUCUUCGCCGUCAUCCGAUUCCUCCGUCACUCCUCUAGACUCCACGAGAUUCUUCCUGUGUUUGAUGCGUGGAGGAAGCUAGAGCCUUCACGAACAAACGAGGCUAACUACGAGAAGAUCAUAAGGCUUCUAUGUGCUGAAAGAUCGAUGAACGAAGCGGUUCAAGCUUUACAAUCUAUGAUUCAUGAUUAUAAGAUAAACCCGUCUUUAGAAAUCUACAACUCAGUCAUCCGUGGUUAUGCUAAUGAUGGGCAAUUCGAGGAAGCUAUGUUGUUCUUGAAUCAGAUGAAAGAGAAUGAUGUGUUACCGGAAACUGAGACGUACGAAGGGUUGAUUCAAGGGUAUGGUAAGUGGCAAAUGUAUGAUGAGAUUGUUUCGUGCGUCAAGAGAAUGGAAGCUGAGGGUUGUGUGCGUGACCAUGUUACUUAUAACCUACUCGUGCGUGAGUUUGCUCGAGGAGGGUUACUUAAGAGGAUGGAGAGAAUGUAUCAGAGCUUGAUGUCGAGGAAGAUGAAUGUGGAGCCUCUUACUUUGGUGUCAAUGCUUGAAGCUUAUGCAGAGUUUGGGGUGUUGGAGAAGAUGGAGGAGACUUAUGAUAAGAUUCUGAGGUUUGGGAUUUUUCUGGAUGAAGAGUUAGUUAGGAAGUUAGCUAGUGUUUACAUUAAUAACCUUAUGUUCUCGAGACUAGAUGAUUUGGGUCGUGGUAUUCGUAGGAGUGAUCUGGCUUGGUGUCUGAGGGCUCUGUGUCAUGCUUGUCUUGUGAGUAGAAAAGGUUUGGAUUACCUUGUUAAAGAGAUGAACGAAGCAAGAGUUCCUUGGAGUACAAGUUUUGCUAAUAUUGUUCUUUUAGCUUACUCGAAGAUGGGAGAUUUCAAGAGCGUCCAACUGUUACUCUUCGAGCUACAGAGGAGAGGUGUGAAACUUGAUCUUGCGACUGUAGGAAUCGUCUUCGACUUGAGCGUGGCUGGUUUCGAUGGUACUGCAGUUUUUAUGAGCUGGAAAAAUAAUGGGUUUCUUGAUAAGCCUGUGGAGAUGAAGACUGACACUCUGGUUCAUGCUGCUUUUGGGGAAGGGCAGUUUCUUAGAAGCUGCAAAGAAGUGAUGAUGAAACCGUCUCUUGAAGAAUCAAAGUCAUUGACUUAUCAGUAUCUACUAGAAGUUGUGGUUAAGAAUCAGAAAAACUGAUACUUAGUAUGUAUGUAAAUUUCAAUUUAUAAAUUGCACAGUAACUUUAUUGUGAAAGUAAAAGUAACAAAGUAAAAAAGAGGACGCCAUGAUUGGCA